GGAGGGUGUUCAGUUAUUAAUGACCGCCGAGCAGGCAGCACCAUGUCAGUGUGACAACUGAUCGGGUGAACGAUGCACCACUAACCACCAUGGAAACCAGGAGGAAUCAAGCCAGCAAGCAGGAUUUCGCUUCACUGGAUUGAAAGCCUCUGCCUGCAGAGUGAGAGAGUUCCAGUGAAAAGAAGGAAUCUGAGCUGCGACCUCCUGUCUGCCUUUUAUGUCUUAGAGCACAGAGAUAAGACUGCUGGCAUGUGUACAUAUCUGUAGUACAGAUCUGUGUAUACUUUGUUACUACAUAUGCACCUGGGCAAUAGGACAGCCAUGUGAUUAUCCCAACCUAGGGCCGGAGGAAUUCAGUGCGCAGGGACACGGGAGGUGGUCUAGUGCUGCAAUCGCUGCUUGCAAGGUGGACAUAGGCUGCUCUUCACAAAGCUGGAGAAAGCAUAUCCAACCAAUGUACUGACAGAGAAGUUAUGGUGCCUCCAUUCUCAACUGAGUGAUUUAUGCAGACACACAGGAGUGUGUUUUGUACAUUCCAUCUUGGAUUUUUCUUCAUCUGGACACAAAAGAAUAAUGCUUCUAUUCCUGCAAGCACUGAACAAGUAUGGGAUUUGAAUAGUAAUCUUCUAAAUAAAUGAAUUGCUCAACAUCCUAUGACCAUCUAUACAUACUCCAUCUUCAAAGAAUACAUCAAUAUUCUAUCAUUAAGGAGAUAACAAUAAUAUUUUCUGCAUUAUGCAUGACAGUAUUGGACAAUACAACUGUGGUACUCAUAAUUACUUCCAUGAAAAAGAGGUCUACAAUUCUAUGGCUUUCAUCAUUUGACAAAUGCAAGUAUCUCCCUUAUCAAUCAGUUCCUACUGCACUUACUAGCUGUGACUGGAAUCCUUAAGGGCCCAUUAAAUUUCUGAAGAAGAAAGCUAAGAUGAAGGACAUACCACUCAGAAUUCACGUGCUACUUGGCCUAGUUAUAACUACACUAGUACAAGCUGCUGUAGAUAAAAAGGUGGAUUGCCCACAAUUAUGUACAUGUGAAAUCAGGCCUUGGUUUACACCCAAAUCCAUUUACAUGGAAGCAUCUACAGUGGACUGUAAUGAUUUAGGUCUUUUAAAUUUCCCAGCCAGACUGCCUGCUGACACACAGAUUCUCCUCCUACAAACUAACAAUAUUGCAAAAAUUGAGUACUCCAUAGACUUUCCAGUAAACCUAACUGGCCUGGACUUAUCUCAAAACAAUUUGUCUUCAGUCACCCAUAUUAAUGUAAAAAAGAUGCCUCAGCUUCUUUCUGUGUACUUAGAGGAAAACAAACUUACUGAGCUGCCUGAAAAGUGUCUAAGUGGGCUGAGCAACUUACAAGAACUCUAUGUUAAUCACAACUUGCUUUCUACCAUCUCACCUGGCGCCUUUAUUGGCCUACAUAACCUUCUUCGACUUCAUCUUAAUUCAAAUAGACUGCAAAUGAUCAACAGUAAGUGGUUUGAUGCUCUCCCCAAUUUAGAAAUCCUGAUGAUUGGGGAAAAUCCAAUUAUCAGAAUCAAAGACAUGAACUUUAAGCCUCUUCUCAAUCUUCGCAGCCUGGUUAUAGCUGGUAUAAACCUCACGGAAAUACCAGAUAAUGCCUUGGUUGGGCUUGAAAACUUGGAAAGCAUCUCUUUUUAUGAUAAUAGGCUUAUUAAAGUACCCCAUGUUGCUCUUCAAAAAGUUGUAAACCUCAAAUUUUUGGAUCUAAACAAAAAUCCUAUUAACAGAAUACGCCGGGGUGAUUUCAGUAAUAUGCUACACUUAAAAGAAUUGGGGAUAAAUAACAUGCCUGAGCUUGUUUCCAUUGAUAGUCUUGCUGUGGACAACUUGCCAGAUUUAAGAAAAAUAGAAGCCACUAACAAUCCUAGGUUAUCUUACAUUCACCCAAAUGCAUUCUUUCGACUCCCCAAGCUGGAAUCACUCAUGCUCAAUAGCAAUGCCCUCAGUGCCCUUUACCAUGGUACCAUCGAGUCUCUGCCAAACCUCAAGGAAAUUAGCAUACACAGCAACCCCAUCAGGUGUGACUGUGUCAUCCGUUGGAUUAAUAUGAACAAAACCAACAUUCGGUUUAUGGAGCCAGAUUCUCUAUUUUGUGUGGAUCCACCUGAAUUCCAAGGCCAGAAUGUUCGCCAAGUGCAUUUCAGGGAUAUGAUGGAAAUCUGCCUCCCUCUUAUAGCUCCUGAGAGCUUUCCUUCUAAUUUGGAUAUAGAAGCUGAUGGUUAUGUCUCUCUUCACUGCAGAGCUACUGCAGAGCCACAGCCUGAGAUCUACUGGAUUACACCUUCUGGUCAGAAACUGUUGCCUAACACUCUGACGGAGAAGUUCUAUGUCCAUUCUGAAGGCACACUAGACAUAAGUGGCAUAAGCCCACAGGAAGGAGGACUGUACACUUGCAUAGCAACCAAUUUAGUUGGUGCUGACCUAAAGUCUGUUAUGAUCAAAGUGGAUGGCUCUGUUCCCCAGGAUAACAAUGGAUCUUUGAAUAUUAAAAUAAGAGACAUUCAGGCCAAUUCAGUUCUGGUAUCUUGGAAAGCAAGCUCGAAGAUUCUCAAGUCCAGUGUAAAGUGGACAGCCUUUAUCGAGACUGAAAACUCUCAUGCUGCCCAAAGUGCUCGAAUACCAUCUGAUGUCAAGGUAUACAACCUUACCCAUCUUAACCCAUCCACUGAGUAUAAAAUUUGUAUUGAUAUUCCUACAAUCUAUCAGAGAAGCAGAAAACAAUGUAUAAAUGUCACUACAAAAAGUCUGGACCACAAGCAGGAAGAGGUUGCAAAGAGAAACACGACCUUCAUGGCCUGCCUGGGUGGCCUGCUGGGGAUUGUUGGCACGCUCUGUCUUUUCAGUUGCCUCUCUCGAGAAAUGAACUGCGAUGGCGAACACAGCCACGUGAGGAAUUACUUUCACAAGCCAACCUUUGCAUUCAGUGAGCUUUACCCUCCUCUUAUAAACCUCUGGGAAACAGGCAAAGAAAAAAGUACAUCCUUGGAGGUGAAAGCAACAGUUAUAGGUGUGCCAACAAAUGUGUCCUGAAAACCACCAACAAAAACCUACGUCAAAGACAAGCUCAAGAUAGCAGUAGUGCUAAAAACAAAACAACAACAACAAAAAGAAAUAGGCAGAGGAAUCUCACUUUCUAGAAAAAAAGAUUAAGCUUAACCAAUGCUGCUCCUGACUAGUGGAAAUAUGUACAAGUUCAGCAUUUUAAUCGACUGGCUUCAAAGGGUACUGUGGCAACCAAAUAAAAUAAUUCCAUUUUCUAGAACUUUCAUGUAACUUUUAUGUCUGGACUACAGUUAAAGUGAACAAAACAUUUCUGUAUUUUUUUUAAGUAUAUAAGAGUAGUUGAACUGAGCAAUACCUCCUCCUGUGUUGUAUUACACAUAUUAGCCACGAGUUUUUGCAGUGAUCAGAUAAACUUGAAUUGACACGUGGUGUAAUAAAAAGGACAGGUUCUGUAGAGUAGACACAGUGAGUAUGUGGACCUCUUUUAUAAGAAAAAAAUACAUUUUGGAUUAAAAUCAAUUGCUUUUGUCUUGUUUUGUUUCUAAAUAAAGAAUAAUUUCUGGGAAA